GCUGGAGGCAGCAGUGUUUGGCUGGGUGAGACCUCCCCGCUUCCGGCAUUAGCUCUGGUCUCUCCCGUUACGUGGAGACACAAAGACUUAGUAGUGACCGUCAGAGAGGGAUGGACGCGGCUUCAGAUGCCCAGUAGUGUCGCGACCAGUGUUGUCUAUCAUUACCGCAUCAUGUGAACUGCCCCUGGAUGUGUCAAGGGCCACUGGGGAUACACAGGAUGCUCGCACUCUGGACGGCGGCUGACGUUGACUUGCUGUUGAGAGAGGGGCGCCCGUGGGGCGAGAAGCUGGACUGGGGCUACUGAAUGACAGCCCCGCAGCCCCAAUAUGGAGGUGGUGGGAGACUUCGAGUACAGCAGGAAGGACCUAAUCGGACAUGGAGCCUUCGCCGUGGUGUUUAAAGGGCGGCACAGGAAGAAAACAGACUGGGAGGUGGCCAUUAAAAGCAUCAAUAAAAAGAAUUUAUCAAAGUCGCAGAUCCUGCUUGGCAAAGAAAUCAAAAUUUUAAAGGAGCUGCAGCAUGAAAACAUUGUCGCUCUUUAUGAUGUCCAGGAAAUGCCCAACUCUGUUUUCUUGGUCAUGGAGUACUGCAAUGGAGGAGACCUGGCAGAUUAUUUACAAGCCAAAGGAACGCUGAGUGAAGACACCAUACGAGUCUUCCUGCAACAGAUUGCAGCUGCCAUGCGAGUGUUACACAGCAAGGGUAUAAUCCACAGGGAUUUGAAGCCUCAAAACAUUCUUCUCUCUUAUGCCAGUCGGAAGAAGUCAACUUUUAGUGGCAUCCGGAUAAAGAUUGCGGACUUUGGUUUUGCACGCUAUUUACAGAGUAACAUGAUGGCUGCCACAUUAUGCGGAUCACCAAUGUACAUGGCACCGGAAGUUAUUAUGUCUCAGCAUUAUGAUGCAAAGGCGGAUCUAUGGAGCAUAGGAACUGUCAUUUAUCAGUGUCUAGUUGGCAAGCCACCUUUCCAGGCAAAUAGCCCUCAGGAUUUGAGACUGUUUUAUGAAAAGAAUAAAAACCUAGUUCCAAGCAUUCCUGGAGAAACCUCUGCUUAUCUAUCAGACUUGUUGCUGGGACUACUACAGAGAAACCAAAAAGACAGGCUCGAUUUUGAGGGAUUUUUCAAUCAUCCUUUCUUAGAUCAGGUUUCUACAGUGAAAAAGUCCUGCCCUGUCCCAGUGCCUACUUACUCGGGGUCAAGUAUUUCAGGCAGCUCCUGUGGCAGCUCACCAUCUUGUCGCUUUGCAUCUCCUCCUUCUCUGCCAGAUAUGCAGCAUAUCCAAGAAGAGAAUCUGUCAUCACCCCCAUUGGGUCCUCCAAAUUAUUUACAAAUCUCCAAGGACUCAGCCAGCACCAGCAGCAAGAACUCUUCAUGCGACACAGAUGACUUUGUCCUGGUACCAAGCAAUCCCUCAUCGGAUCAUUCAUAUGAUAUGCCCACAGUGACAGCUGGGCGCAGGGCAUCUAGUGAGUUCCUGAUGUGCGGAGGGCAGAACCAGCCUCAGAUGUCACCACGCAAUGAAACAGCACCUAUUCCUGUCCCCACGCAGCUACGGAACUAUCAACGCAUUGAGCAGCACCUCUCAUCUGCUGCUAGCCCGACGUCUAACCCACAUGGGUCACCCAGAUCUGGGGCAGUGAGACGUUCUAAUACCAGCCCCAUGGGUUUCUUAAAGGUUGGUUCUGGAUCUCCUAGUUCAACAGACAUGGUGUCAGCUACUGGGCGGCGUUUAUCCACUGGCUCUUCUCGUCCAUAUUCUCCAUUAGUGGGAACCAUACCAGAGCAAAUUGGACAUUGUUGUUGCAGUCAUGCUCAAGGCCACGAGUCCAGAAGUAGGAGCUCCUCAGGAGGUUCCCCAGUGCCACUGUCGCAGUCCCCUCAGUGUUUGUUGGGUGGAAGGCUGCCAAGUGCUCCGACCCUUACAGACAUCUAUCAGAACAAGCAGAAGCUGCGAAAGCAACACUCAGAUCCUGUCUGCCCAUCGUAUGCUGGACAUGGCUUUAGCCAUUCUCAACAGCCAGCACGACCUGUCAGUCUUGGAGCAUCUCCUACAAAACACAUGGGAUCAUCACCAAGGAGUUCAGAGUGGCUCUAUAAAAGCCCCUUACCCACCAUCAUAGGAUCACCCACCAAGGCAACUGCUCCAUUCAAAAUUCCUAAAACCCAAGCCUCCUCAAAUCUUCCAGCUCUGGUCACACGUCAGGGACCUGUGGACACUCUAGUGCAGGUCAAAGAGUUGAUGGAACCAAGAGAUUGCUCUCAUUUCCAUUGCCCACAUGGUAGUGAAAAGACAGGCACUGGGGAGCAAGGCAAAGCUGCAUUUGGAAGGUCUGUGAGUGCUGGGAAGUUGUCGGAUCAGACCAGCAGAACUAUCCUAGGAGGACAGCAUUACCAAGGCAGCACAGACAGUCUGAACUCUGAGCGUCCCAUGGAUACAGUCCCUUCUGGUGCUACAGGAAGUGUCCUCACAGUGCCUUCGAUGGCUAACAGAGCAGUCAUGUUUACUGUUGGAUCUCCUCCCAGCAGCGCCACCCCUCCUACAUGUACUCACAUGAUGAUGAGGGCUCGAGCCACUUCAGUUGGUUCAAACAGCUCUGGGGGCUCGCUCUGCUCCACUAGUGGCCGAGUGUAUAUGGGUUCUCCCUCUGGAAUUCACAUGGGCUCCUCUCCUCCUGGAGCGGAUGCAGCACCAGCUUUAAGAUACAUGUCUUAUGGCACAUCUCCGCCCUAUCUGGAAGAUUUCAUAACAUUUGAGGCUCCUGAACUGCCUGAGGAAACUCUCAUGGAGAGAGAACACACAGAAACCCUACGACACCUCAAUCUGAUGCUUGCCUUCACUGAAUGUGUCCUGGAGCUGACGGCAAGCCGCAGUGGAAAUACUGAUCUCUGCGCCUCUGCCGUGUCUCUUUACCAGAUACAGGAAAGUGUGGUGGUGGAUCAGAUAAGUCAGCUGAGCAAAGAAUGGGGACAAGUAGAACAGCUGGUACUGUACAUGAAAGCUGCCCAGUUCCUAGCAUCCUCCCUACAGCUUGCCAAAUCCCAGAUCAAAUCGGCAAAGUUGACCCCUUCAAGUGCUGUAAAACAAGUGGUGAAGACUAUGAAUGACCGAUAUAAGUUCUGCAUCAGGAUGUGCAAGAAGCUGACUGAGCAGCUAAAUCACUUUUUUUCAGACAAACAGAGAUUUAUAGAUGAGAUCAACAGUGUGACAGCGGAAAAGUUAAUCUACAACUGUGCUGUAGAAAUGGUUCAGUCAGCUGCACUAGAUGAGAUGUUCCAGCAGACAGAAGAUAUUGCUUAUCGCUACCACAGAGCAGCACUUCUUCUUGAAGGCUUAACAAAGAUCCUACAGAGCCCUACAGAUAUUGAAAAUGUUCAUAAAUAUAAAGCCAGUGUGGAAGGAAGACUGUCUGCGCUCUAUGGAGCAGUUGCUGUGUAUGAAUAAUAAUGGUGUCCACUGGACUGCUGAAGAGCACAACGUGGGACCACUGUAGUGUAGUUCUGUGUAAAUAUACUUGGACAUCUAAGAUGUGGAAAGAGAACCAAAAUCUCCAUUGGUGGCUUUCCGAGUGGAAAUAAAUCAGGGGAAUGAAGGAAGGCUGCCUUAUUUUAAAGACACUCCUCGCAAAACAUGCCUUUCAACUAUAUGUAAUAUGGAAGGAAUUUUUUACCUUUGGAAAUGUAUUUUCAAUGAUGAACUGUGGUUGCUUCAAAAGACAGGGUGGAUGUGAUGAAACUAGUAGGUAAACCUUCACAAGCAGCAACCCAGUAUUCCAGUAGUGAAGUGUUCAAUGUUUACCUACCCACCUAGGGUUUCCUGGUACAAUGUAUGAUCCAUCCAACAGAAAUAAGAGAAGCACUUUAUUUUAAGUAGGAACAGAAGAAAUCCAAGAGCCUGAAACUCAUGUAGAGUCUUGGUUCCUUUACUCUCCUCCUUUUGGUGUGGCUACUUGAUGUUCUACUUUUAAACCCAUUUAUUUUGCACUAAUUUCUUAAAACUGUAAAUUUUUAUUAUCUUGUAUGGAACUCUUAUCAAUAUAUAAAAGGCACAAUGGACUUAAUGAAACAAAAGACAUUUCAUUGUAUGUAUCAAAAAAGGUGGAAUUUAAUAUGUAGCUUCCUAAAAACUUUACAAACUGUAAAAAAAAAAAAAAAAAUCGUGACCCUUUUGUAUCUAUUUGUCUAAUACUUGAUUACUAAUAUGUUUGUUUUCAAUAAUGUUUUAUUUUGUCGGAAUUUGCUACGCAGGUGUCGUGUGUAGCAUAUAUAUAUAUAUAGAUAUUGGUUUGUGCAUGUGAUGAUGUGCUUACUUCCUCUAGUUCUCCAAUCAGAUGUUAUCCUACCAGACGUAAAUUUGUUCCAUGGACAGUGUUAGAGAAGGAGAACAGUGCUGUAAUAUAGACGUGUGUGACUACUACUACUACUACUCUGUUAGGUAUUAAUAGACAGUAGCUUUUACCAGACAGUUUAUACCCUCAAGUCUGUAGUGUGGCCUGCAAAUGUUAGGGUGCAGCUCACAUGUCUGAACAGUAGAUGGCGCAGUAAGAGCAGCUCACAGCUAUGGCACCAAAGGUUAGUAGACAAAACUAUUGAGUGACCUGUAUGACUAGAGUUUUGGUCACUAAAGGCCAGUACUUGGUAAUUUUUUAUUUUUAAUCACACUUCACAGCCAUUUUUGAAAAGCCUUUAUGUUAUUUAAUGAAACUGCCAUGGCAAAAACAGUCACAUCAGAGUCCGAAUGCUUUCAUAUGGACUUCUUCUUUUUAUAGAUUUUCAUAGCUUAAAUGCAAUUGAAGAAAACAGUUCUGGGUUCAUAUUGCAUUUCCACUUAUGAUGAAAGAAUUGAAUGACAAGCAAAAAACAAACAAACAUUGUGCCACCUUUGUUAAGCUUAUUGUUUUAGAUGUUAAGUUUUUUGUUUGUGUUUUAGAUGUAACCACCUAUGUUCGCAGUUCUGAAAACCUAUAACUGUUGCACAUUGGUCAUUUUUAAUAAAUAAAAAGCACUGGGGGUUGUCAGGGAUACACCAGCGGCUUUAUAUGAGAUUCUUAUCAAUUCAUCACACUAUAGUAGGUUUAUUCUCAUCCAUUAAUUUAAUGGGAGACAUUUCACAGACCUACUAUGCAGAUGUGAAAAAUGCAUGCACCCUCCUACACGGAACAGAUGCAUGGCAUAUAUGAAGUAGGUCUCCGCUUGAGUGAUACAACGUGUUCAUACCAAGUGGAACAUGAUAAAAUAUUGUGAAAUCUUCAUUUUUUUUUUUGUUACUAGUCUAAAAAGCUCAUAUUUGAAAGUUAGUAUUUUGUGAAAUGUUGCUACUUUCAAUUUGCCACGAUGAGUAUUGGAAUUAAACAACGUCCCAGUUAAAGCAGUUUGACACGUUGCAUGUACCCAUUACACUAUGGAUGUUACUUGAUAACCAGACUAAUGUCUGCUAGGAAAUACUUAGACAGUAUGUUAGAAAACUGUAAUGUUUCCAGCCAAAGUUUGAACACCAUUUAUUUUAUAAAGCUGAUAUUGUGUCGUCUGCUAAUAAUAUUGUGGGCCAUAAAGUAGUACCUUCACCACUGCAAUACAUUAAUAUUAUUUUAAUGCACAAUGUUUUAUUUUACUUGACAGCCAUUUUAUAUUAUUUAUCUAAAUUUCUGCCAAUUAAUUUGAAGUGUUUUUAUUUAUGUAUCUGCUUGUGAAAUCUACAGAUGGCGAUCUGUGCAUUUCUAGGUCUUUAAUACCGUGUUUCUACCUCGCGUUUGUAAACUGCAUGCAUUAUUCUUAAACCUGGUUAACUACUCACAGAACUGUUGCAAAAAUAGCCUUUUUAUUAUGGCUUGUAUAAAUGUAUAUUAUAAGUAAAUAAAACAAACAGGAAAAAG